GCAGCUUGCUGGUGCACGUAGCCAGACGAAGAGUGAGGGGUGCCGUGAUGAUGAAGCAUGGAAGCUGCUCCAUGCUGUGGCGUGCCAGGGUAGCCGUGCGCAGCCGCUAGGUACGGCGGCAGGCCGUGACCUGCGGGAAGCGACAUUGCAAUGGAUCUCGACACGAUGGGCUUGUCUGCGAGAGGUUGUGAUCUGCAGCCUGUGCUUUUACGAGACGUGCGCAGGCGAGAGGGGUCUCUUGAUGAGAUGGAAGAUUCGUCGUCGCGUUGGAGAGGGGAGGGACUAGUAGAUCACCGAACUGCACCAGGGGCGUCGCAGGCAGCCAAGGGUGAAGCCGAGUUGAGGCAAAAGAGACAGUGACAGGGGAGAAGCCAAGAUAGAAUGCCGUUGGCAGGGCAGGGCAGAGCAGCAGCUGUGAGUCAAGAAAGCGAGAAUCGUCAAUGGUCUGCGUCGUAGUGAAGGAGGCGCGCCGAAAGGUAGCCCUAAGUGCAGUCUCGAGUGUUGCUAGGAGCUGCCGCGCGAAUAGGUCUUUCUCGACCAGGACAGCAGGCGGCAGGUCUUGCGCAGAGAAGAGCAAGAGUGAGUGCGCUCUCUAUAGCGG